UCUCGGUCAAUUAGUUUAGACAGUAAGGAGAGCUUGAAGUCAGUACUCCUCCAAUGAGAAGCUAAAACACCCACUGCUCUUGCUUCGAUUUGUGGGAAUCCCGGCGGAAUUUUGGAUUUAUUUAAAAACAUGGGAUUUGAGUUGGAUCGGUUUAAAGGGGCUGUGGACCCAGAUUUUAAAUGUAAUUUGUGUAAUAAAGUUCUAGAAGACCCGCUCACUACUCCGUGUGGUCACGUCUUCUGCGCUGGCUGUGUGCUGCCUUGGGUUGUCCAGCAAAGCAGCUGCCCCGUCAAAUGUCAAAGGAUCUCCACGAAAGAGCUGAACCACGUUCUCCCUCUGAAAAACCUGAUUAUGAAGCUGGACAUAAAGUGUGACAAUCAUGCCAGAGGCUGUGAAAAAGUGGUAAAGCUGCAACAUCUGGCAGAGCACGCCGAGAUGUGCGAUUACUCGCCGGCAAAAUGCAGGAAUAAAGGAUGCAACGAGGUGCUCAAUCUGAAGGACAUGGAUGCACAUAUGCGCGAAUCGUGUGAUUGCAGACCGGUCGGGAUAUGCGAAAAUGGAUGUGGCUUGAUGCUCACCCACAAAGAGCAAAAACUAGACACCCAUUGCUGUUUGAAAGCUCUGAAAGCACACAACAGUGCAUUGCACGUGAAGGUGGUCAGCUUGGACAAAGAGUUCAAGAAGCAAUCUUUGAAAUCGAGCAAAAGAGAGAAAUCUCUUCUUGCUCAACUCUCUGCGGUGCAUAAUGAGCUACAAAUGACAGCACUGAAGUAUCAGAAGAAAUUCACUGAAUACAGUGCAAGGAUCGACUCGCUGACUAAGACCCUUGCCCCCCCGUGCAAGGGUGGGGAGACCAAAAACGUCACAGCCAUCCUUCAUCGGGAGGGCGGUUCUCUGGGCUUCAACAUCGUGGGAGGACGACCAUGCGCGGACGACCAUGAUGGCCCUUCGAAUGAAGGGAUCUUUGUAUCUAAGAUUGUUGAGAACGGACCAGCAGACAAGGAGGGAGGCCUUCAGAUCCACGACAGAAUAAUGGAGGUGAAUGGGAAGGACCUGUCCAAGGCCACCCAUGACCAGGCAGUGGAGGCCUUCCGCACAGCCAAGGAGCCCAUCAUGGUCCAGGUGCUUCGCCGGGCACCCCGCCCCAAACCUUCCAGCCCUGCCUCAGACACCCAGGUGGUGGACAUCAGCACCCAGACAGACAUCACCUUCCAACACAUCAUGGCCCUCACCAAGCUGCCUGCCGCCGCCCCCACCGUGGCUGUGUUGGAGCAAUACCUCAUGCCCGAGGAGCAUUCCCCCGGGCACGAGUACUUUGACCCCAAUGAUUUCCUGGAGGGUAUGCAGCAGGAGAUGGAGCGAGAGGAGCUGGAAUAUGAGGAAGUGGAUUUGUACAGAGCCAACAUCCAGGACAAGCUUGGGUUGACCGUCUGCUACAGGACUGAUGAUGAGGACGAGACUGGGAUCUACGUCAGUGAGAUUGACCCAAACAGCAUCGCUGCAAAGGAUGGAAGGAUCAGAGAGGGAGAUAGAAUUAUCCAGAUCAACGGGAUUGAGAUCCAGAACCGGGAGGAUGCUGUGGCUCUGUUGACCAGUGAGGAGAAUCAGAAUGUGUGUCUACUGGUGGCCAGACCAGAGAUCCAGCUGGAUGAGGGCUGGAUGGAUGAUGACAGGAAUGACUUCCUGGAUGACCUCCACAUGGACAUGCUGGAGCAGCAGCACCACCAGGCCAUGCAGUUCACCGCCAGCAUGCUGCAGCAGAAAAAGCGUGAGGAGGAUGGUGGAACGACUGACACAGCCACCCUGUUGUCCAAUCACCACGAGAAAGACAGCGGGGUGGGCCGCACCGACGAGAGCACGCGCAACGACGAGAGCUCUGAGCAGGAGAACCUGGGGGACGACCAGACUGCGGCCUCCAACACGCUGGGCAGCUGCAGCCGCAGGAAGCUGGCCUACAGCCAGGACACCCUGGGAAGCAUUGACCUGCCCUUCAGUGGUGAGUCCUUCAUCUCCGCAGACUACGACCACGCUGACUUCCUGGGUAUCCCCGCCGACGAGUGUGAGCGCUUCCGAGAGCUCCUGGAGCUGAAGUGCCAGGUGAGGAGCGCGGGGGGCCCCCAGGAGCUGUAUUGCCAGAGUGCAGGGGCUAGAGGUGCCGAAGAAGGGGUGGACAAGGAGCUGGAGCUGCUGAAUGAGGAGCUGCGCAGCAUUGAGCUGGAGUGCCUCAACAUCGUCCGGGCCCACAAGAUGCAGCAGCUGAGGGAGCAGUACCGCGAGUCCUGGAUGCUGCACAACAGCGGCUUCCACAACUACAACACCAGCAUCGACGCGCGCCGCCAUGAGCUCUCCGACAUCACAGAGCUGCCCGAGAAGUCAGACAAGGACAGCUCCAGCGCCUACAACACCGGUGAGAGCUGCCGCAGCACCCCCCUCACCCUAGAGCUGUCCCCAGACAACUCCCUCCGCAGGGGGGCAGAGAACCAGGGCGAGUCUGGGGCCUCCAGCAGCGCAGGGCCCAACAGCAGGAUCCUCAAGCCUCUGCUGUCUCCUGUCCAGGAGGCCGGUGGCCCCAGCAGAAUCAGGCCCUCCUCCUCUAAGGAGUCUGAGUGUGGCCUGCAGGCGGAGGGGAAGGAGCGUAAGCUGGGAGAGUCUACUCACAAGCUGGCCCAGCCCCGCUCCCUGUACAAACACGCCCACAUCCCAGCCCACGCCCAGCACUACCAAAGCUACAUGCAGCUGAUCCAGCAGAAGUCUGCCGUGGAGUACGCCCAGAGCCAGAUGAGCCUGGUCAGUCUGGUCAGCCGCGGUGACCCCGUGAACCCCGAAGACAUGCUGGAUCCCAAGAUGGAGUGGAAGGUGAAGAUCCGCAGCGACGGCACGCGCUACAUCACCAAGAGGCCCGUCAGGGACAAGCUGCUGAAGGAGCGCGCCCUGCGUAUCCACGAGGAGCGCAGCGGCAUGACCACAGACGACGACGCCAUCAGCGAGCUGAAGAUGGGGCGGUACUGGAGCAAGGGGGAGAGGAAGCAGCACGCGGUGCGCGCCAAGGAGCAGAGGCAGCGGCGCGAGUUCAUGAAGCAGAGCCGCGCCGACUGCCUGAAGGAACAGGCCAGCCUGGACGAUGACAAGAAGGAGCCCAACAUCAUUGAACUGAGCCACAAAAAGAUGAUGAAAAAGAGGAACAAGAAAAUCUUUGACAAUUGGAUGACUAUCCAGGAACUUUUGACCCACGGUGCUAAGUCGCCUGACGGCACGCGAGUGUACAACUCCCUCCUGUCCGUCACCACAGUGUAGUAGGCAGACAAGACAGGCCUGUGGUGUAAUGUACUGUAAAUAAUAGGACACUGUGGAUUGGGGUACAGUUUCCUGCCUCGUUCAAUGUGGCAACAUUUUGUUAAAAUGAAACAGGAAAAGCCUUUUCUAAAUUAACUUUUGACCCCUGCAGGCGGUUGGGAGAUGCUCCACAGAGUGUUCCAUGGAUCGACUUUGAAGAUGAUUGACAUGAUAAGGAUGAUUAUCAGACUGUUUUCAAAUGCUUUCCGUAACUUUUCUACCUUUGUGCUUGCUCUUGGGGCAGCAGGUAGCCUAGUGGUUAAGAGCGUUGGGCCAGUAACCUAAAGGUUGCUGGUUUGAAUCCCAGAGCCAACUAGGUGAAAAAUCUGCCGACAUGCCCUGGAGCAAGACACUUAACCCUAAUUUCUCCUGUAAGUCGCUCUGGAUAAGAGUGUCUGCUCAACUGUAAACUCUUUUGAAUAAUAUUGAUAGUGUUUCACAGCAAUGUUUUGGAAGGUUUUGAAAGUGUGUAAAGACUGUGCCAUAAGUAAACAGCAGCCAACAUUUACAUAUUCUUUUGGUUUUAUUUCAUUUUUAAUAAGUAUCUCUUAUCAGUAUUUUACUGUUAUGCAUACCUUUUGCUUAUUGAAAGAAAUAUUUAGCUUCAAGGUCAACACAUAAUCCUGAGAGGACUUUUGUAAAUGUAACUAAAACCUCCUCGUUCUCUGCAAACAAAACACUUCCGUUAUUGACGAUCUGAAAAGGGGGCUGUUUUUCAAAAGUUAUACAUCCAGUGUGUAUCGUCUGUUACAUAUUCCACCUUCGCGUCUGUAUCAGGAUAGAGCAGAUCAUUUGUUGAAAUCAGAAUCUUUCCGUGUUCUUUUUGUUUUUAAGAGCACAUUGUAGUCGCCUUUACCUUUUGUAAGCCUCCAAAUAACACGGCUUAACAAACCCUUAAUUAGGUACCCAAUUUGAUGUCUUGUAAAAUGAGAGAAAUAAUAAAUUAUUGUUUUAUAUUUGAUGAGCUUUAAAA